AUGGCGCGGAGCCGCGGACGCCGCGGCCACGACCCGGCAUCCGAAGCCACCGGUGAGUCUCCACCGCCGCCCAAGCUUCCUCCUUUGGCCUUAAUUCCCUGGACAGUACCCCACGCCGGCUCAAGCUUUCUCCUUGCGUGCAGGAACAACCUCAAGGGGCGCCCUUGUUCUUGGAGCAGAGAGCCGGUGCACGGGAUCGACACCGCCAAGUCGCGCACGACGCCAACCCUCCGCGCGGCCAUGACCACCAGCUGCCUGACCGUUUUCCCGGUCCCGGCCGCAACCCCGGUGAGCUCUCACCCGCCAAAGAUGUCUCCUUUUGCCUUCCUCACCGUUGUUCUUCACCUUGCCCGCCUUUUCAUCGCCCAGCGCCUUCACCUCGAGCCGAUUGACGACCCCGACCGGGACGCGGAUUUUCCAUUUGUACAUGUGGCCGCGCGGGAUAUCGUGGCCGUGGAAGUGUUCCAGGCAUUAAGAUUCGUGUUCGGUUAUGUACCAGCGGACCAAAGCAUUGGAAUUAGGAGGGAAGGGUAG